GCGCAGUCUUGCCGUCCUCGUUGAAUUCUCUUCGAAAUUAAAAAUGGCCGAAGAUGGCAUGCUCCUCAAUUUCUCGAUUCCGGACAGCGGCAUUCUGAACAAACCGAAGUUCAAGGGAGGAACAUGGAAAGACAGGUUAACAGCGAAGAAAGCGGCAGCGAACUGGCAUGCGAAAGCGAGCGGACGCCUGAACGGAGAGGCAGCAGUGAGAUCGAAGUCUUCGACGAAUGCGAAUGAUACCGAACUAGGAGAAAGGGCGCGGCGGGUCUCGGGGAGUCCCGAUCUUGAAAGACAGACCAAAAGAGCGAGGCAUAGUGGUGACUUCAGGCCAACAUCUGGGAAGCCCGAGGAAAAUGGGAAUUUCAGACCUCACACGAACGCAGAGGUCACUAAGAAGCCAGGCGAGAAACCAAAAGGCGGUAACAGGCAGAUUAUCUCCUCGCUGUUCUCGUACAAUCCCGCGUCUACCACUCAGUCCUUGCCGAUAGAAGACCCGGCGAACGAUGCUCCCGUCGAACCUUCGAAUGCACCCCUCAACAGCGAACUUGAUACGUUCACUUCCCUCGGCAUAUCGCCCACGCUAGCGACACAUCUGUUGAACAAGAUGGACAUGAAAGCGCCUACGGCAAUCCAGAAAGCCGCUGUAUCACAAUUGCUCAAGGAAGAUUCGGACGCAUUCAUACAAGCAGAGACGGGCUCAGGCAAGACGUUAGCUUACCUGUUACCCAUCGUACAGAAGUUGAUGGAUUUAUCCGCGAAUAUGAAGAAGCGGAAAGUCGACGAGGCAGUGCAGAGGAAUUCCGGUCUAUUCGCCAUAAUACUAGCGCCCACUCGCGAACUCAGCAAACAGAUCGCAAUAGUCCUGGAGAACCUGUUACGGUGUGCUCACUGGUUAGUGGCCGGCACUGUGAUCGGUGGAGAGAAGAAGAAAUCGGAGAAGGCGAGGCUACGAAAAGGUCUGAACAUCUUGGUCGCCACGCCCGGUCGACUGGCAGAUCAUUUGGAACAUACGCAGGCUCUCGAUGUGAGCAAUGUGCGGUGGCUGGUUCUAGACGAGGGGGAUCGAUUAAUGGAGCUGGGAUUCGAGGAAGAGAUUCAGAAGAUUGUCAGCAACCUGAACCUGCGUAUGCGGGCGAGGAAAGACGCAAGAUCACAGAUACCGGGACUCCCGGAACGCCGGACGACGAUUCUCUGUUCGGCUACCAUGAAGAUGGAUGUUGAGCGACUUGGCCAGAUCAGCUUGAAGGAUGCAGUGCACAUCCAGAGCGAUCCUCAAGAGCGCGGUGGGGAGAAGGCCGGGGAUAAUGAGGACCAGGUGUUCCACGCACCGGCGCAGCUUAAGCAGUCAUUUGCUGUGGUAGCUCCCAAGCUGCGACUGGUAUCACUGAUCAGCUUCCUCAAACGCGCCUUUGCACGGAAAGGUUCCGUCAUGAAAGCCAUCGUUUUCAUCUCCUGCGCUGACUCGGUCGACUUCCACUUCGACAUCUUCACCAACCAGCUCGAGGAAUCCGAGGAGAAGUCCGAAUCUAAAAGUGAGGAAACGCAAGAGGGUUCUCCGAAGAAAAAAGCCAAAGAGGCCAAAGCCGCUCUUCAAGCCGACCCCACUAAACUCACAGUCACUCACGCCACGUCCCCCGUCCUGUCUCGCAAAACACACUCAGUGACCGCCUACCGCCUUCACGGAUCUCUACCCCAAUCUCUCCGCACAUCCACCUUGGCGCACUUCACCAGGAACAAGGAACCCAGCGUUCUCUUCGCCACAGACGUCGCGUCCCGUGGUCUUGAUCUUCCCAACGUAGACCUCGUCGUUGAAUUCGAUCCAGCAUUCGCUCGUGAAGAUCAUCUCCACCGCAUAGGACGUACCGCGCGUGCGGGCCGCGACGGCCGCGCAUGCAUCUUCCUCAUGCCAGGCUGCGAAGAGGGGUACGUCGAGAUUCUGAAGAGCGACCGCAAGGACGGCGAGUCGGCCGUGCACAUAACGCGGCAGGACGCCGACGAGAUUCUGAGGAAGGGGCUCGUCACCUCGGGCGUGGCCAACGACAAGACUGCCUACAUGGACAAGGCUACGGAUCUGCAGUUGCAGGUGGAGAGGUGGACGCUCGCUUCGCCGGCGAGGCUGGAGAGCGCCAGACGCGCGUAUCAGAGCCAUGUCAGGGCUUACGCGACGCAUGUAGCGGCUGAGAGGGGGUACUUUGAUAUCAAGCAGUUGCAUUUGGGGCACUUGGCGAAGGCGUUCGCGCUGAGGGAGAGGCCGAGUGGGAUGAAGGUUCCUGGUUUGAGGACGGGAGCUGGGAGGGAGAGUUGGAAGGGGGCUGCGAAGGCGAGAGGUGGACAGAAGAAGACAAAUGGGGAGGGCAAGGCGGAGGUGCCGGAGGUGGAUCCCAGUGAGGAGGCGGCCAAGAUGCGAAAAGCGAUUAGGGCGAGAGAGAAGUUUAUGCGGUCUGCGGGUAUGGCGGAUGAGUUUAAUCUGGGAUGAGGUGUGUAUAUAUUCCGUACAUGUUUCAGCUAAUCUGCGCCGACGAAGGCACUCGGGAUGUUGUUUCAGAUACCCAAGCAAAAGUU